AAAUAAUAAUUUAGUGGCAGCCAUUCUUGGACUGGGAAGGAAUAAUAUACAAUAAUGAAUUUAUAUGUAUAUAUGUAUGAGUGGUAUCGUCAACCUCUGAAUUUAGAUGGUUUAACAGUAAUGGCAAUGGUAGUUAGAUUCAAUUCAAAGGAUCGGAUCCGACCGCACAUGAGAGGCGGAGGAGGAGAGAGAGAGAGAGCGAUCCACAGCAGGAUGGCCCCAGGACCCUCCCAUAUAUAUUAAUCAUUUGUUUUUUUGUUUUUUCUUUUUUUUUUAUCGUUGGUAGUGGUAUUUGUUUGUUGUCUUCAAACCAAAAACCACGCGGAUUCCUUCCUCCGAAGCCGAAGAAGAACUCAUCCAUCACAACACGCGCAGAGGAGGAUUCUUUUCCUAUUUUCAUUUUGCUUUUCUGUUCUGGCGAAGAACAGAACAGAACAGACAAGGAGGAGGAGAGAUUGCUUUGGCUUGGAUUGACUUGGAUUGCUGCUGCAUCAUAUCAUCAUCCGAGAAAACCGAAUUCGGAAAACAAAAAAAAAAAAAGUAAAAGAGAAAAAGGAUACCUCUAGAAAUCCGACGAACCUGGUAAAGCUGCAAUGGAGGAAUCAGAGGCAUCGUCGUCGCGAUAUUGGUGCCAUAUGUGUUCGCAGACGGUGAAUCCGAUCAUGGAGGUCGACUCAGUCAAAUGCCCAAUCUGCCAGAGCGGCUUCGUCGAGGAAAUGUCUUCUGCAUCUGCCCCAAAUUCCGAUCCUCCUCUCGAACUCGGCUCCGAUUCUGACCGUGCUCUCUCCCUAUGGGCACCAAUUCUGCUCGGCAUGAUCAGCAAUCCGAGGAGGCGCCGUCGCAUCAGGAACAUGGAAUUCGAAGAGGAAGAUAACAACGAGGACGACAACAACACCGCCGCCGCCGCAACCACCACCACCAACAACGAUCAAAGUGUUCUCAGCAUCGACAGCCAUGGACACCAGGAGAGGGAUACAGAGCUCGACCGAGAACUGGAAUCCAUAAUAAGGAGGAGAAGAAGAAGAAGCUCCGCCGCAAUCCUACAACUCCUGCAAGGAAUCCGAGCCGGAAUACUCGCCGAAACAGCAAAUUUGGAGAAUAUGCAGCAGCAGCAGCUGCAGCUGGAGGGUGGAGAUAGAGAGAAUGAUAACAGAGGGGAGCGUGUGAUCCUGAUCAAUCCUUUUAACCAGACGAUAAUCGUACAAGGCUCAUACGACUCUCAGAACCGCAUUCCGGCUCCAGCUCCAGCUCCAAUUGGAUCGUUCGGCGACUACUUCAUUGGCCCCAGUCUCGACUUGCUGCUGCAGCAUUUGUCGGAGAACGAUCCUAACAGAUACGGAACGCCGCCAGCUCAGAAAGAGGCGGUGGAGGCGCUGCCGAAGGUGAAGGUGGAGGAAACUCUGCAGUGUUCGGUGUGUUUGGAUGAGUGCGAGGCGGGGACUGAAAUGAAGGAGAUGCCUUGCAAGCAUAAGUUCCACAGUGAGUGCAUUUUGCCAUGGCUGGAGCUCCACAGCUCCUGCCCUGUGUGCAGGCACCAGUUACCCUGCGAUGAGUCGAAGCUUGAAGCCACAGGGGAGGGGGGAUUGAGAAACAACACAGGCACCAGUACCAGCAAUGAUGGGAACAACAAUGGUGGUGGUGGUGGGGAUAGGGACAGACAGUAUUCAGCAGCAGCAGCAGCUCCGCUGCCAUGGCCUUUCAGCAGUCUGUUCUCAUCCUCCAUCUCCAUCUCGAGAUCCCCCCGGUCUGUCCCUGGAAAUUCAUCUAUAGCGUCUACAUCUUCUGAGCCGACGACAAAUGGAGGAGCAGGAGCAGGUGCAGGUGCAAGGGAGGAGGAUGAAGAUAACAACUGAUAUAUAUAUAUAUAUAUAUAUAUGUUGGAUGUGCUUUAUAUGUAACAAGCAUUAAUGGCGGCGAGCUUCCGGAUAAUCUGUGAAGCCAAGCCAAGCCAAGCCAAGCCAAGCCGAGCCCAGCCAAGCCAAGCCAAUUCUGUCAUCUUAACUCUUAGUAUGUAUGUAUACUCAACUCAACUAACUUACUCAAACUCAGCUCUCUCUCUCUCUCUCUCUCUCUCUCUCAGCUUUUCUUUCUUUAGACAUAUCCCCCUUUAAAUUGACAAAUUGCUGCCUCUAACCAUUAUUCCAUUGUCGUAGUAGUAGUAGUAUCUUGUAAACCUACAUACAUACACCUUUCUGCUGGGGAUCGAGUGGGAUAUGUUUUCGUGUAUAUAUAAAAUUUAAUUUUUAUAUUUUUUAUUAUUAUUAUUUUUCGUGUACACACU